AUGCAUCUGUGGCUCUCGGCCUGGAGCCGACCACUACCGGUCAGUCUGAUUCUCCAACACAAAACUCUUCGGCCUCUCACAACGAGUUGUCGCCUACUUCGGUCGACAGGUAGAAAGUCUACCUUCGCCCCAUCCCCACAACAACUAAAGAUCGCAGAACUUUGUUCUUCUCAUAAUGUUGUGGUAUCGGCAAGGCCAGGGUCUGGCAAAACCGCUACAAUAGAAGCCAUUGCGGCGAAUCACCCAGACAAGCGAAUUGGCAGCAUUCUCUUCUCAAAAAGACUCCAGAGUGAAACCUCUCGUCGCCUUGAGAAAUAUCACAACAGCGAUACCUUCACUUUUCACGGCAUGGCGGGCAAGCUAUUGGGAACAAUCGUGCCAAACGAUAAGGAACUUAUCAAACUACUUCGGAAGGUUGACCGCAGCCGUAAGCUUCCCUUGUGGAACUCUGCGCCCUUUGACAUCGUUGUCUUGGAUGAGUUUCAGGACUGUAAUCCAGAAACCUUUUGGCUAGUUGCGUGUUUUCUUCGGUCCAACAAUGUCGCAAAAGGAGGUCAGCCCGCACGUAUUGUCGUGCUUGGCGACGAACGUCAAUCGAUAUACCGUUUUCGCGAUGCAGAUCCGAGAUUUCUAACUCUGGCCCCAGAGUUGCUAGGUCCGAUAAGUCCUUACCCUUUUGAUGAGGUUCAGCUGGGGAAAAGCUUUCGAUUACCCAUGCCGACAGUCGAGUUCAUCAACCGAGUGUUUCUAGGCGGAGAGCAGUACAUCUCGAGCUCAAAACACGGCCCAAAACCCAUUGUCCUAAGGUGUGAUAUCAUGGACAGUCACGCAUUGGCCGAAGAGCUAUCUCCUUACAUAAAACGUUUUGGGCCAGAGAAUUGUGCCAUCAUAGCGCCGACUGUCCGCAAAAGCGGACCACUCAAAUACCUGACCAACGCACUGGCUAAGGACCAUGGAAUCCCUAUAUCUGUGCCUACUGACGAUGAUGCGCCUCUCCACGAUCAGGUGAUUCAUGGGAAAAUGUGUAUCUCUACCAUUCACCAAUUUAAAGGCAGUGAGCGCCAACUGGUGAUACUUCUUGGCAUGGACGUUUCAUAUUUGGACUAUUUCGGUCGCGACCUACCAGACGACAAAUGUCCCAAUGAAGUCUUUGUUGCUCUGACACGCGCUUUAGAACAGCUUGUCUUACUGUACAACUACGAAGAAAAAAUGAUGCCCUGUGUCUCUGUUGAUGCUAUAUCUGACACAGCAGAGAUCAUUAAUAUGUUAGAAGAGGUCGACAAUAAGACAGGUGACAAAGCAGAAGAGGUCGACAAUAAGACAAGUGACAAAGCAGAAAAGGUCAUUGAUAUGACAAUUAACGAAGCAGGCAUUAAGCUACCUGACCCGCCCGGUAGGCCUCCUCAGCUGGGUCUUCUUCUUCCAAAGACCUGCUCCGCCACCGAAAUAGCUCGAUACCUUCAGGACGAUGCUCUUGAUAAAAUAGUCAAGCGCUUUGUGUGCGUCAAACGGGUUUCGUCACGUUCGUCAGGCCGCGGACGCAUUGAUAUACAGAAUGUGGUCGCUUCAGACACGAAAAAGGGGUUCUACGAAUCUGUAAGCGACAUAAACGGUCUUGUCAUCGCCGCAGCUCUGGAGCUUGAAAUUUCAGGAACGAUGAAGUCAUUGGGCGUAUGCCAAAGGGAAGUCGAGAAGAACAUGCAGAGACAUCCCCAAAAACUGGUCUCCUGGCUUUGUCGCCACGCCUGCAAUUAUGAAGCCCAGCAAUCUGGCUACCAACCACGUAAGAUACAAAUGGAACAUCAUGCCUUUGAUUGGAUGAGGCAUAAAGAUCUUGAGCUUGCUCGGCGUCGACUUGAGAAAGAGUUGGUAGAUACUACCAGACACCUGGAAUUUGAGGUUGGAAUGGGGGGCAGGUUUUACGUUGAUGAUCAGCAUACGAAGCUCUCUGGCCGAGCAGACAUUGUCACAUCUUCUUCUCUUGGCAACAAGGACGGGGAGAAUAACAAGACAAUCUGGGAAAUCAAGUUUGUUCAGCAGCUGAGCAACGAGCAUAUCGUCCAGGUUUGUGUAUAUGCCUACUUACUAGGAUACAAGGAUGGGAAACUGCCACGCAUCAUAUUAUUUAAUGUGAGGGAUGGGGAUAAGCGCGAGAUCAUACCACGCGAUGGACUUGCUGGGUUGCGAAAGCUUAUCACGAACGUCCUGAGACUGCGGUACACAGCUGUAGGUGAGGUUUCGUACGAAGACUUUAUCCAGCGUUGUACUGAAAUCACGCAAAGAGUAAUGAGGCUGAGCGAUGGUAAGGACGAGGAAUGA